UCCGCCUGGCUGCCCGAGCAUGGAGCCCGUGACGGUUGGGGGGCUGAUGCGGACCCUGCGGGAGAUGGGCUUCAGCGAGGAGCAGGUGGGGGCCGCCCUGCGCGCCGGCUGCCUGAGCGUCCCGGAGGCGGCGGACUGGCUGCUGCGCGAUCGCCCGGAGGGGGUUCCCCAUUCGCCCCGUCUCCGGCUCUUCCCGGGGGUCUCGGAGCCCCGCGCCACGGACGCCUUCCAAGCCCCCCGGACGCCCCACUUAGUGGACGGGACGGGGGCAGCUGAGCUUCCCGGGGGGGUCCCGGCCGCGCCGGGGGGAGACGGGCAGCCGCAAGCCUGGGAUUUGGCGGAUCGGUCGCAGCUGGUCCAGCAGCUGAAAACCGAAAAGAGGACGAAGCAGCGGGAGCGCGAGUUGGCCUUGCAGAGGAUCGCGGACGACCGACGGCAGAACCGGGCCAGGGCGGCAACCCCUCAGCCCGGCCCAGGAUGCGCGCAGCCAGACGCGAUCCAGCCGCCCGGCCGCGCGCAGUGUCUGCUGGUGAUCCGCCUGCCCAGCGGGGAGUCUCUCCGCCGAACCUUCCCGGCCGAAGCCUCCCUGCAGAGCGUCCAGCGGUUCCUCCGGUCGCAACACCCGGGGCUCUCGCCCUCCUCUGCCUUCCUGCAGGCCGCCCCCAAACGCCGCUUCGGACCGGCCGACCUGCCGCACUCGCUGCUGGCGCUGGGCCUGGCCCCCGGAGCCACCCUCUGCGUCGUCGAGCCGGCGCCCGGGGACGCCUCGCCUCCUUGUCCCGCCCCUCCGGAGCCCCUCCCCGCAGAGGGGAGCCCCUGUUCGCAGGGGGCGGGGAAGGGGGCGGAACCCACCCCUGGCACUCCGCAGGAGGGUCUCUCCAGCCGAGGGGGGAAAGUUCCCUCCCGGGACCCCCAUCGGUGGGGCAGGGGUCAGAAGCUGGACUCUGAGGAGCCCAUGGAGCAGGACCUGCCGCCAGCCGCCAGGGGGCAGCAGGCGCUGGGGGAAAAGCCAGCUGUCUUGCCUGCUGCCCGUGACGACCCUGCAGAGUCUGGCCACUGGUGGCCGCAGGAGGGCCACCGGCUGCGGAGGGAAGCCGAGGGGAGCAGCCCGGGACCCCUGCCCCUUGCCGUAGCCCGGGCAGCCGAGCAGCGCCACUGCCAAACGCCCGUCCUAGGGGAGAGCAGCCAGCUUGCAUCAGCGUCCCCUGCGGCCUUGGUUUCCCCUUCGGUGCCUUCGCUGUUCGGGCUGUGUCUUCAGGGGGCAGCCGCCCUCCUCUCAGCCCCCAGCAGGCAGUACCGCGGCAGCCUGGCCUCACUGCCCCCCGGGCUGGCCCAGGUGUUGCUGGAGUACCUGGUGCGAGGGGCUCGGCUCCAUCCUGGCAGCCUGCGGCUCUUCUCUGGCUGCUCCCUCUGGACCCUCUGCCUGGACUGCUACCCCUACGCCACCAACCGGCUGCUCGCCGAGCUGCCCGCUUUUCCCGGCUUACGGCAGCUGAGCCUCUUCUGCUGCUCACUUAUUACAGACCAAGGUCUGUCCGUAGUGCAGCAUCUUUCGCACCUGCAGCAGCUGAACCUCUCGGCCUGCGCAAAGCUGACUGACAACUGCCUACCGUUCCUGAAAGGGCUGCUGGAGUUGUCCCACCUGGUGCUGGACCAGACCCGAGUGACCGAUGCCGGCCUGGCAGGCUUCCUCCUGGGGUCUCCCUCUGCCCUCUCCCACCUGAGCCUCAACCGGACCAGUGUCACGGAGCGCACCCUCCUCCUCCUGCCCCAGUGCGCCCCCCAAUUGCGCGAGCUCGGCCUCAAGCAGACUGGCAUCAGUGACGUGUCCGCCCUACGGCACUCGGAGGCCCUGCAGAGGCUGUUCCUGGACGGCACCCCUGUGAGCGAAGCCUCCCUCAGGACCCUCGCCUCCCACCCAGCUCUGGGCUGCUUGACCCUCUCCGCCGUCCAGUCUGUGGAUGGAGAUCGGGUUCUGGAGCUGGUCUCAGCUCUGCCCCUGACACAGCUGGCGCUGCCAAGCCGGCACACAGUGACCAACCUUGGCCUGGCUGCUGUCUGUCGACUAUCUGGCCUCCUGGAGCUGGACCUGACGGAUUAUAUCCACAUCACGGACGAGGGGCUGCAGCCCCUGCCUGGGCUGUGCAGGCUGCGGUGCCUGUCACUGGCCAACACGCGAGUGACGGAUGACGGCCUGUGCCACGUCCGGCCCCUUCAGCUUCUGGAGCAGCUGCGCUUGGACCGCCUGCCCGUCUCCAGCGCUGGCGUGGCCCACUGCGUCAGGGGCCUCCGCCACCUGCAGGUGCUGAGUCUGGCCAGCACGGCCGUUGGAGACCCCGUAGCCAGGCUGGGCCUCGCUGAGUGCCGUCAUCUGCUCAAGCUCAACCUGAGCGACACCUGCCUGACCGACAGAGGGCUCCGCUUCCUGGCUCAGCUGCCCCUUGUCCAGCUCAACGUUGAUGGCUCAGGAGUGACGGCCGCCGGUGUGGCAGAGCUCGUGGCCACCUGCCCCACCCUCGCCCGCGUCCGGAGUGGCCGCCUGAGGCUCUUGUCACCAGCGGAGGAGGAAGAAGAGCCAGGGGACUAGGUGGCACAUCCCUCCCAGCGCUACUGAGGAGAUGCCUGGCACUCGGCAUCCGUCUUCUGCCACGCUCUGCUCUUGGUUGGAAGGGAGCUUGGAGGUCUUCUAGUCCAACCCUGUGCUCGAGCAGGAGACCUUUGCAGAAUCAUAGCAUAAGAGUUGGAAGGGAACUUGGAGAUCAUCUAGUCUGACCACCUGCUCAAGCAGACUCUUACACAAUCAUAGAAUAAGAACUGGAAGGGACCUCGGUGGUCAUCUAGUCCAGCCCCCUGGUCAAGCAUAGGACAGAGUUGGAAGGAAGCUUAGAGGUCAUCUAGUCCAACCCCCUGCUCUAGCAAGCUUUCCUCCGGAGAAAUUGCAGGGGGGGCUGCCUUGCUGCAGACACCUCCCCCCACUUGGCCUUUGAGGAUCAGCAGCAAAGAGGGGAGGGUUGGCAGUACAUUUGCUGGGGCAGGGGGCUAGGGAGAUGUAAAGCCCCCUCCCCAGUUCAGGGGUGCCCUGAGUGAGUGGUGGGGAAACCACAAUGUUUGUGUCUUAACCUUUGUGUCCAAUAAAACAGUGCCUUGUUUUUACUCUU